UCGGCGCUCGAGCGAGCGGCGGAAAUGACGUCUAGGCGCGGUAGGCGAGCGCCGAGCGGAGCUGAUGCAACCCAUGGAAGCCGCCGCCAUGGAGCCUGCGCCCGGCCCGCAGGAGAAGUAUCACCUCAUUACCCGGAACCUGCAGGAGGUGCUGGGGGAGGAUAAGCUCAUGGCCGUCCUGAAGGAGCGAGAGUUGAAGAUCUACUGGGGGACCGCCACCACGGGCAAGCCGCACGUGGCCUACUUCGUGCCCAUGUCCAAGAUCGCAGACUUCCUGAAGGCAGGGUGUGAGGUGACGAUACUCUUUGCUGAUCUCCAUGCUUACCUAGACAACAUGAAGGCCCCCUGGGAGCUGCUGGAGUUGCGCACCCGCUAUUACGAGAACGUGAUCAAAGCCAUGCUGGAGAGCAUUGGGGUGCCCCUGGAAAAGCUGAAGUUUGUCCGGGGAACCGACUACCAGCUCAGCAAGGAAUACACGCUGGACGUGUACCGCCUCUCGUCCGUGGUGACGCAGCACGACGCAAAGAAGGCGGGAGCGGAGGUGGUGAAGCAGGUGGAGCACCCCUUGCUGAGCGGUUUGCUCUACCCAGGCCUGCAGGCCCUGGAUGAGGAGUACCUCAAGGUCGACGCACAGUUUGGAGGAGUUGAUCAGAGGAAGAUAUUCACCUUCGCAGAGAAGUAUCUUCCCUCCCUGGGCUAUGCCAAGCGCGUCCAUUUGAUGAACCCGAUGGUUCCUGGUCUGACAGGCAGCAAAAUGAGCUCAUCAGAAGAGGACUCAAAGAUUGAUCUUCUGGACCGCAAGGAGGAUGUGAAGAAGAAGUUGAAGAAGGCUUUCUGCGAGCCCGGGAACGUAGAGAAUAACGGCGUCCUCUCCUUCAUCAAGCACGUCCUCUUUCCCCUCAAGUCAGAGUUUGUGAUUCUGCGAGAAGAAAAAUGGGGAGGAAACAAAACCUACACAGCCUAUGAGGCCCUGGAGAAGGACUUUGCUGAGCAGGUCGUGCAUCCCGGAGACCUGAAGAACUCGGUAGAAGUGGCCCUGAACAAACUGCUUGACCCCAUCAGAGAGAAAUUCAACAGCCCAGAACUGAAGAAGCUGACCAACGCAGCAUAUCCCAACCCGUCCAAAGCCAAGCCUGCAGAGAAGGGUACCAAGAACUCAGAGCCAGAGAAUGUGGUCCCAUCCCGGCUGGACAUCCGUGUUGGCAAAGUGAUCAGUGUGGAAAAGCACCCAGAUGCUGACAGCCUGUACGUGGAGAAGAUCGACGUGGGCGAGCCUGAGCCCCGCACCGUGGUCAGUGGCCUGGUACAGUUUGUCCCGAAGGAGCAGCUGCAGGACAGGCUGGUGGUGCUGCUUUGCAACCUCAAGCCCCAGAAGAUGAGGGGUGUGGAGUCGCAGGGCAUGGUGCUGUGUGCCUCCAGCGUGGGGGAACCACGGCAGGUGGAGCCCCUGGACCCGCCAGCCGGGUGCUGCGCCGGGGAGCGCGUCUACGUGGAGGGCUACGAGGGCGGGGAGCCUGACGACGAGCUCAAGCCGAAGAAGAAGGUCUUCGAGAAGCUGCAGGCCGACUUCCGCGUCUCCGAGGACUGUGUUGCCCAGUGGAAGCAAAGAAACUUCCUGACCAAGCUGGGGAGAGUCUCCUGUAAAAGCCUGAAGGGAGGGAGCAUCAGCUAACAAGCACCAGAGCCGCUGCUCGCGCCUCCUGCCUGGCCCCCUCCACCACCUCAGCCAGGCUGUCCUCCCCGGUCUCUGCCAUCUCCUCCCCAGUGCCCCGAGCCGGGGGCUCAGCCCUGCGGGAUCUGGGGGCUCUGGGACUGAAUUUGCAGCCUCCCACCUGGAGAGCUGACAUCCCCCUCGCCCUGGGCCUGCUCAGCCAGCGUCUGUGCCUCGGCUGUGGGCCAGCUCUGGGGACUGGUGGUGGCACCACACCUAAGGGACCUGUGUGACUUGUGCCCGCGGCCUCAGACUUUCCGCUGGGGCCAUCGGCUCGCUCCCAGUUGUGCCAUGGACUGGACGCCCUGCCCGCUGGACCCGAUUGGGAUGGCAUGUGUGGGUGCUGCAGUGAGGGCUGCUUGCUCAAAACUGCGUUGCUGCUAACAGAGCUGGGGGCAGCUGCCUGGCAGCCAGGCAGGCCCCGUUCCCUGCUCAGCCCCGACACCCCCUGCUCCGUGCCCAGCCUGCCCGGGGCUGUGGCGGCUGCUGCUGGUGCUGCUCUUCGACCAGGAGCCCAGGCAGCACUCCUGGCUCCGUCCUAAGCCCGUGGGAGGCCAUGGGGGGGCGUGGGCCUUAAAUACUGACUCGGGAACCAUCAUCUGUCGUAAACCCAAAUAAAAUGUCAAGCUGACCGCA